UCGUUUUCUCUGGCGCCCGCGGACGUGUGCAACUUUUUCUUUACUUGAAAAUAAUUUGGUUAAAACCGAAUUUUACGAUUGAGUGUUAGAUGCGGUUGGUUAUACUUGAUUAAAGCAUUAAAUAAAGUACCUGGCUGAUUGGAAUUUCAUUAUAAUUCGAGGAUAAAGGUCUUCUGUCUAUCACGAUGAGCUCUGAGGCCCGGUUUGUGGAUUCGAACUUUGCAGCGCUUAUUCAGAGGGUCACCUCAGUGAUGGCAAUAGUAGAUGAACUAAAAAAUAAGGGUAUGCUACAUGCUGAAACAUAUUCAGAGAUCCACGCAGAAAAAACCAACCAGGGCAAAAUGAGAAGGCUGUUUGAUGCACUAAAUUCUGGAGGAGACAGAGUAAAAAGUGACUUUUAUUAUGCUCUGAGAAAUCAUGAACUAUACCUCUUCAGAGACCUGGGUGGUGAGACACUGGAUAACAUUGAUGGCACCAGGAACAAUGAGCUAGAGUUAAAUUGAACACCCCCUGCAACCAAGAAACCGAAGCCUCCUGCGACCAAGACACGGAAAUAUAUAUAAAGAUGCGACCUGGAAAACUGAAAACCCAUGUGAUACAUUUUCCCCUGUGAAACGCAAAAGAAGGAAUUCAUCAGAAUAUGCAGGAUGUAUUCUACAACGUACAGGUUUUCAUUUUGUAGGUGAACAUUUUCAAGCCAUAAGCAUUUUUAUGCAGUUUUUAUGCUAAAAUCUAAAUAUUCUACACAUUCUCAUCCACACAGUUAUUUAACCAAGUCUUC